AUCGCAACGUUCACGAUGAGGCCUCCGUCGCUGCCACUUGUGUUGCUGCUGCUGGCGGUGUCGUCAAUGUCAGCCGCAGGAAGGAGGCUCAAGUCUCUGGAAUGUCCCUUUCCAGGAGGUCAGAAGGAGUCGUCCCAGGCUGAGUGUGCCAAGUACACAGCGUGCCAGUGGACAGAGGGCGUGUGUCACAUGAGGGACAACCUGGAGGCGGGUUAUCGUGUCAGCACCCCACCACAACAAACCGAGAGGGGCUUCAAGGUGGAGAUUGAGAAGAUCAACGCCAAUGUAACAAUGUUCGAGAGUGACGCCGAGUACCUGGUGUUUGACGUCAUAUAUCACGAGACCUCUCAUGUCCAAGUCAAGAUCUACAACAAAUAUGAGAAACGCUACCAGGUGCCUCUACCUCUAUACCUACCGAGUCAAACUGGCCCUUACCAAACCUACCAGGUCAAUGUUAGCGAUGUCAACACACCUUUCCACUUCAACGUGUCGAGGAAAAAGACGACAACUAACAUCUUCCGGUCUAUAGGGCCGUUAAUAUACGAGGAUCAGUUCCUGCAGAUCACUACAGCAUUGGCCUCCCCCUACAUGUACGGGAUGGGAGAGAAUGUACACCAAUCCUUCAGACACAUUUUCCGUCCACGGCAGACCUUCCCCAUCUUCUCCAGAGGCCUCCCAGUCGUGCAGGGGUACAGUAACCUGUAUGGCCAUCACCCUUACUACAUGGUGCUGGAGGACCACGGCCACGCACACUCUGUCCUUCUCUAUAACUCGAACGCCAUGGAGUACUCGACCUUCCUGCUUGACGAUGGCACACCGGCCCUCACACUGCGCACUACAGGAGGAAUCAUCGACUUGCACUUCUUCCUGGGUGACUCCCCGCUCAAAGUCUACCAGAAUUACGUUCAUACUGUUGGCUACCCUCACAUGCCUGCCUACUGGAGUCUGGGCUUCCAACUAUCCCGUUAUGGAUACAACUCUACCCAGGACAUCAGAGACUUACGUAAACGGAUGAAGGACAAGAAGAUUCCACAGGAUGUCCAGUACUUUGACAUCGAUUACAUGGACAACUUUCGGAGCUUUACGUACGAUAAGAAGAAGUGGAAGGACCUGCCGGAGCUGAUAGAUGAACUGCAUCAGGACAACAUCAAGGCCACCAUCAUUGUGGAUCCACAAAUCGCGGUCGACAUGGAAAACUAUGGUCCGGCGAGUCGUGGCAAGGAGGCUGACGCGUUCAUUAAGUGGCAGAGACCUGAGUACGUCCCCAAAGACCAGCCUCGGGACGCCGGGGAGUAUCUUGUAGGGUCGAUGUGGGGCAACCAGCCAGCCCUCUACCCAGACUUCCUGAGGCCAGCCACACAAAGUUGGUGGGUCAACGAAUUCAAGACUUUCCAUCAAUCUGUUCCCUUCGACGCUGUGUGGUUAGACAUGAAUGAACCGACCAACUACAAUGUGUCUACCCAACGGAGCCUUAAGUGCCCAACCAGCAGUAGCCUCGACUACCCUCCCUACCCCACCUUAAGUACCCGAGUAGGCAACAGCACCAGUAAAUCUAUCAGCACAGGAAGUAUCUGCAUGUCAACCAACCAGACAGACGGCAAGAAAAACUUCACCCACUACGAUGUUCACUCUCUCUACGCCAACGCCGAGACCUCCGCCACCCACCGGGCGGUGAGUGUGCUGAGGCUGUUAAAGCGACCGUUCGUGUUGACUCGCUCCACCUUCCCUGGGGCGGGCAAGCAGGCUGCCCACUGGCUCGGUGAUAACUCAGCAGACUGGUGGCACAUGAAGCGCUCCAUCAUAGGCAUCCUGGAGUUUAACAUGUUCGGGAUCCCGUUGGUCGGGGCAGAUAUCUGUGGGUUUUACGGGACAGCCAACGUCGACCUCUGCUCCCGCUGGAUGCAGCUCGGGGCCUUCUACCCUCUCAGUCGGAGCCACAACAACAUCAACUCUCCCGAUCAGGACCCAACGGCAUGGCCUGAGGUGGCAGAGGUCGCACACAAGUGGCUCAACUUCCGUAUGCUGAUCCUGCCCUACAUUUACUCUCUCUUCCGGGAGGCACAUAUGAUGGGCAGCCCGGUGGUCCAGCCGCUCUUCUUCACCAACAGCUCUGACUUACGGGCCCGCGACGUGGACGACCAGUUCAUGUUAGGUCCCUCACUCAUGGUCGCCCCCAUCCUGCGGCCCAGAACCCAGGAGAGAAACGUUUACUUUACUAAGGGAAUGUGGUACAGCUUCAAUGGCACCGUGUAUAAUGGCCCGGGAGACCAGAGGGUGAUGGCGCCCUACCAAGAUAUUCCCUUAUUCUUCCGCGCCAAUCGGAUCAUUCCUCUUCAACUGCCUGCAGAGAACACCGUGAGCAGCCUCAAGAACGAUUACGGCGUGUUGGUGUGUCCUGAUCAAAACGGGAGAGCCGCAGGCAGCCUUUACAUCGACGAAGGAGACGGCCCUGACGACGGAGCCAUGAAGUACUUCAAUUUCUACAAGAACACGCUAUCGAUGAAAAAGAUGGAGCAGCAGAUCGAGAGGUACGAUGGCGUCCUGAGCUUCGCUGUGAUCUUUGGCAUCAACCAGAAGCCAGCGUCCAUCCUUGCCAACGGCGCCCUCAUCCCAGACGAUGAUUGGUCGUACGAUCUUAACCAACACGUCCUUUCAGUCAAUUUUAACCUCACUCUCAAGGAGGAGUCACAGGUUACACUUAAGUUCCACUGAAUCAUUAUAGCCUCCGUGACUCCCUAGAGGUGACUGUAGUACCAUGGUGGCUCUCUGGGUGUGCCUGUAGCAACCUUAAGUUAGUCUAGCUAUCAUCACUCAUCCAGGUUACAAUAAAUUUGAUUAAAGACUCACAAACUUCAUCAAUAGUAAUAAGAAACAUUUCCUUUCUCUUCUGUAUUAUAAUUAUUCGACCAUAUUAUAGCAACAGGGACGAUGAAACAGUACUUCUGUGAUAUAAACCAAAAGAAGAGCUCCACAAUUUGUCUCCAGUUUUCAUCAAAAAUUUAUGCAACAUUCUUUUAUUAUAUUCAAUAAUCAUCGAUAAUGGAUUUGGAAUCGUAGAAGUUAUGUUCUGUUAAAUUGUUCACUUUUGCCAUUUAUACAACAACAACAACAACAAUAAUAAUAAUAUUAAUAAUGAUUCUAUUACUAUUACCUGUAUUAAGAGUAAUUUCUUUGGUAACUCUAGUGUGAACAAAACCAACGUAGUGUAUAUGACAGUUUUUACCAUUAAGUCACAGUUGAAAAGAGAACGAUAAAGUUUGCCGUUAAACCUGA